AACUGGCAGCUAUGCCAUGCGCGAGGUCUGUCAAAAGAAGAUGUCAAAUGGUUACUCAGGAAACAUAAUUUAUUUAUUGCUGAUUAUCGUUGAAUUUCUGCUCAAAAUAAUAUUCGGUGUGAGUAACACGUUACUCGUGGGUUUAGAGCUAAUACUAAAGAGCUUGUGUAAUGUGAACAUGACGGAAACGGCGAAAAAAAGCAAACGUGCCAACGACCCGAGCAAUAACCAAACUAUUGCAAAUCGUGGCCUUAUCAGUGCUAACUGGCAGAAACUUCUAUCAAGUAACCUGAUUUCAGACAAGAAAAUUGAAAAACCUUUACAGGAAAACUCAAAGGAUCACUUUACAGGAACUUUCAGACGCGCACGUAAGAAGAAAGCAAAAGCCCAGGUGCUUGUACGAAACGAGCUAAAAACGCUUGAUAUCACUAAAGAAACUAAAGUUAAAGCUAACAACAGUGAUAAUAUUGCUGAUGUCGAACUUACAGUUCCUAAGAAACAGGAUAAUAAUAGUAAAAACAAAUUAACUAAAUUCAUAGCUAUUGAUUGUGAAAUGGUGGGUAUAGGAUACGACGGAAGCGAUCACAUGCUAGCCAGAGUGUCUUUAGUGAACAAAUUCGGUGACUGUAUAUAUGAUAAGUUUGUUAAACCGCGGGAAGAGAUCAUAGAUUACCGAACAAGUGUUUCAGGAAUCAGAAAAGAGGACUUAAUUAAUGGUGAAGACUUUGCUAAAGUGCAGAAAGAUGUGGCGGACAUGAUUCGAGGCAAGAUUCUAGUCGGGCACUCUUUGAAGCAUGAUCUGAGUGUAUUGUUCCUUUCACAUCCUAAAAGGAGUAUCAGAGACACAUCUAGAUACAAGCCCUUUAGAAAGAUAACCAAAGGCAGCACGCCAUCUCUAAAACGUCUAGCAAAAGACAUCCUCGGCAUAGAGAUCCAGCACGGAGAGCACAGCUCCGUCGAAGACGCCCGAGCAGCCAUGCAACUCUACUGCACCGUGGCUAAGGACUGGGAGAGGAUGAACAGCGAGAAGAGAGGGUAUAGGAAAGAGGCUUAACGUUAAGAUUGCCUUUAGUUUAGUACGUAUUUUUUGUCGACUUUUUGGAUAGAAACGAAAAGGAAUGAAAUAGGAGAUUUAAGUAACUUUCUUUGCCAAUAUGAUAUAGAUUGUCAUGUUUGUCAUGUCGGAUGAGUGGUAAUUUUGAAUAAAAUGAUGAAAAUGCAUUCAAUAAGUUCUUAUGUAUUUUGACUUGUUAAGAUAUACACAGCUGCAAAAGUUUAUACUCACUUUAUGAAUAGAAUUCAUUCAUAAAAUGGGUAUGAAAUUAUGCAGCUUGCUGUGCAUUCACUUGCAAUUUUGUGACCGCGGCCUGCUAGUCCCACUUAGUCGCUUGCCAUAAGGACGCCUUGACAGGUUAUUCGUAUAAAACAAGGCUCGGGACCGGUUUUUUCUUCAUACAAAAAAUAUCGGUAUUUGGUCAAAUAAUGUAGGUUAAAGUCAGGUCGUUCAGAGACAGAUCCAGGCGGUUUUGUAUUUGGUUGGUUAAACAAUGUUAUAACUACCUGAAAAUGUACAAAUUGUUUGUUUACUUUUAUUUAAAUAUCUAAAGAUACAGAGUAUAGUACUCAACAAUCUAAUUCCAAUAGUUGUCUGUAACCUCUAUUGCCAAGAAUUUAGGAUUAAGGUCCACACAUACCGAGUUGCCUCGCGAGGAAUUUGCCGCGCGAAGCAGCUCGGGCUGUGGAGACGUGCCUCGCCCGAGGCAACGCGGUCGCGAGUACGUUUGCUUCGCAUGAGGCGCGGCGACACAGACCGAGCUGCUUUGCGCGGCAAUGUGUUUAAAAACAGAUUGUACUUUUAAACAAUAAGUUAGGCUGAUGUUAUAUGAUUUUACAAACUUUGAACUGAACAACAACUUUUACAAUAUUGAACUUACACUUACUUUAGUAUUUGAACUUGUACAGUCAACCAAUUUGAAUCCUAGGCCACUAUAGAACCUUGUCGCUUUAACUACUCUAUACAUGACAUGCAUCACUCAAUAAGCACUGUCGUGGAAGUCAUUAUGACAUAGUUCUAUAGUGGCCUAGGAAUCAAAUUGGUUGACCGUACAAUAUUGGACACUGUGUGACAUAGUCUCAUCAGUUAAAUAGCUGGUCGCUUAUUAAUUAAAAUUAAAUAAGCCUUUAAUCCACAUAUGAAUCACUUGUAAAUACAAAUAUUAAGUUGUCUUAUUAUAAAAUGUCUCUUAGUGUGGUGUGCCUGUCGGCAUAGGCCUCUUCCAACUCUUUCCAGUGCUGUCUGUCUAAAGCAACUCUGGUCUGGUCGCCUAUAAUUCCAUCUAUUGGGAACUGUUGGGCUAGAAUAGAAUGGAAUACUCUUUAUUGGCACAUCUCAGUAAAAAGAUACAGGAAAAGAAACAAUUGCUUAAAUAGUAGGGUAGUGUCAGGCAUUGGGAUAUUUAUCUUAUUAGGCUGGUAAAUUUAUAACUUAGAUCAUUAGCAAUUAUAAUAUAAAGAGAUACUAGACUACUACGCAAAACACAAAUAAACAAUACCAAAAUUUAUGUCUGCGCGUAUAGACAUAAGUUGGGGCUGAUGGACAGGAUUUGCGCUGAUGUGGAUGGCAGGUUGUUGAAAUGACGAAGGCAGCGGGUUCUUCAAAUUAAUUCUAUAAUUCGGGAUUUUCUACAUGGUUUUUGAUUAAUUAACGUUAUAUAAAAAAGAGCAAAACAAAAAGGGCACGUAUAAGCUACGUGGUAGUUCGGUGAGAGAUCGAAUUGUGAUGUUUACGCAAAUAAAUCAUUAUCUUAUCUUAUCUUACUAUAAAGAGUUUUUACCUAAUGUUACAGUCUUAGUGUGUUAAAAGUAUUGUCAAGAUGUUUUUUACUAUUUUGUGAACAAUAUGUAUUUUUUCUAGCAGGCAACUUGUCUAUUCAGAGAAAUUUGGUCUUUUUUUAAAAGGGUAAUUACUAUUAUCAGUUUUCAUUGUAGAGGUGUAAAAUUUAUGAAAAACUCGUGCCCCCGAAUAUGACAGCCGGGUCACCAACGGCCAGCCAAUCUCACCAACUUGACAAUUGGCUGCCCAUGUAGUCAGCAAAUAACAAGGUUUACUUGUUGUACAGUCGAUGUCACCAACAUCUUUACAAGCCAACAUGCCAAUAAUAUAUUUACACGCCUCUAUGACACUGACUUUAAGGUCGCGUUGACAUAUAUUUGAAAUGUUGGGUUGUAAAGAUAUCUGUGUACUCGACUGUACUUGUGUUGUUGGCCUGUUUUGAUGUAACUGUAUUAUUUUUUAAUGUAUAUUUUACUAUUAACAACUCUGCUAAUAUUAAAGCUGCUCAAACAUAAUUACGAUCCAUAUAGAGUACGCUGAAAUGUAAGGAGUCAGUGAUUCUUACAUAUUUUUUGUAUGGAAUAACACAUUUACCAAUAUUGGUUGUACAAAAAUGAGAUGGACCGAUAUUUGGGAAAUAAAAAAACUUAAUAGUGUAAAUUAUAGUUUUUAUGUCGAAUAAAUCGAAUUUAUUAUGUA